GUCGUAAUAGUAAUACAUUCAUAAACUCAUGCGAGUCUUCCAUCGCGCUGUGGCCCCUUGAUCGCCACACGAAAUUGGGUAUCCAACCAUCCAUCCAGCCAUCCAUCCAUGAUACCGAACAGUGCGCCUCCCAUUGCGCAAGGACAUGGCCGCCCUGAUUUCUAAACGCCAUCUCAAUGGGCCAUACCAGCCCGGUACCCCUUCCCACCGUCCUUCGUCAAAGCUCCAUCAACACGCCCACCGUCGGCCUCGUCCUGGCCCCCGGCACAGUCGUCCGCGUCGCCGCGUCCCGGGAUGAGCUCCACGCCGCGCCCGCCAUGAGAGCUGUGGUGUGGAGAGGUUUUUCGUUUUCAAAGACUGCCGGGGUCGGCGUGGACGCCACCCUCUGGCCCUCCCUCCGCAAGCCCCACCAAACCUACGACUCCGACCCCCCCUCCCAAACACAUCCCAGCCGCCGCAACCACACCCACGCCCCCUCCCACGGCGCCCCCACCCGCUCCCUCUUCACGCAGCUUCUUCUCGACGAAAACAAGCAAAAACAACGCAAUGCCAACAUCCGCCACUUCGGCGCGAGCUGGAUCCGGCCGCCGGGGAUCCAGAAAACAUACCAGGCCAUGAUCGACGAGGAGAAGGAGAUCAAGGAGCAGGAAGCCCUCGCCAUGCGCGAGCAGCAGAUGAUGGAUCUCGCGGCGGCGCAGCAGGACGCGGCGAAUGCGGAGGCGCGGGAGGCGGCGGGCGACGAGAUUGACGAGGAGGAGAGGGAUCUGGACGACGAUGUGCCCGAAGCGGAGGCGAGCAGGAGUGCGUCGGAAGAAGAGUCCGAUGUGGGCAGCGAGAGUGAGGAGGGGAGUGGUGUAAGUGGGGAGGAGGGCAGGGCGGAUGUCACGUUCAACGAGGACAGCUUUAUCGAGGGAAGCAUGAUAGAGGGGCGCGUGGGGCAGAUGCUUGCGAUGGAGGAGGCGAGCAUGGAGGGGAGCCUGCUGGAGGAGCGCGAUCUGGACGACGACGUGCCCGAGGCGGGGGAGUACGAGCAUACUGAUUCGUCGCUGCUUGACUCGAGCGAUGAGGAUGACGGGUCUUUUGUGCAGCCGGGGAGUAGGCGGUCAGUGAGGAGCAGGAGGAGUUCCGGCGCGGUGAGGAGUACGCGGAGUAGAAGAAGCUCUGGGGUGAGGAGCAUCAGGCGGACGAGUGGCUUGGUGCAGGCUCAUGCGAUGGGUCCGACGCAUAUGAUGGGCCAGGGUCUUUCGAUGACCAUGGAGCCACCGCACGCAGUGGGCCAGGCUCGUGCAAUGGGUCAACUUCAGGCGAGGGAGCAGAUGCGGAAUAGCAGGUUCAGUGUGGAGCUUGAAGGCAGCAGUUCACUGAUGGAGGGAAGCUCGUUCCUGGUGAGCAGCCCUGUCGCCGCGAGGGGCAAUGUGCGGGCGAGGCUCUUCGGGGCUAGGAACCAGAGAUGAAGAAAUAGCGUUGAUGCGGACACGACAUGAUACCCAC